AUGGGGAGAGUGUUUGCUCUUAGUGGAGCUGAUGCCGCACAGUUCGAUGAUCUCAUCCAAGGUAUGUGUUUCAUAAGUCAUGUUCCCUUGGUUGUGUUGUAUGAUUCAGGUGGAACACAUUCAUUUAUUUCUCGUGUUUGUGUUGAAAAACUUGCUUUGCCUGUGUGUUCUUUGAAAUUUGACUUGAUUAUGGAUACACCUGCUAGUGGGUCUGUUUUAACUUCUAAUUUAUCUUUCAACCAUGUCUUGCUAAACUGUUUUAAGAAAUCUAUUGUCUUUCUUGAGUCUGGUGUGAGUGAUGGUGAUGAGUUUUUAUCUGCUAACCAGGUUAAGGCAUCUUUGAGAGAGGAUGCACAGGUAUACAUGAUCCUAGCUAGCAUGAGCGUUGAGACCAAGACCCCUGUGAGUGAUAUACCCAUCGUGAGGGAGUUUCCUGAGGUGUUUGAGGAGGUGUCUUGGUUACCACCUGAGAGAGAGGUUGAGUUCUCCAUAGACUUAGUGCUUGGUACUGAAACCAUAUCCAUAACACCUUAUAGGAUGUCCCCUGUAGAGCUGAAUGAGCUUAAGAAACAGUUGGAGGAGCUGAUAGAGAAAUAG